AUGUGGAAGGUAUGGAAAAGUUCUCCAAAUUUGGGUUGUGUCUUACAUGUUCGAUUUUCAGCGUAUGCGCACUCUGAAUACAUCAUCACUAUGGAAGUGGAAAAGUAUAUAGGCACCAGUCUUCGAAUUGAAUUGGUCGAUGGACGACAAUUGGAUGGAAUCUUGACUGUGGUCGAUCCUUUUGGCAAUAUGCUACUUUCUAAUGUGUGGGAAACUUCUGAGGACAAACUCGAUUCGGCCCUCCUACGCAAAAGAGAGUUGGGUUUAGUGAGUGUGCCACGGCCCCAAGUGCUGAAAGUUUUGAUUGAGAGCCGCUAUGCUCGGUAG